GUUGCGCGCCGGCAAAAUGGCCGUCAAGGAAAACAGUCGGGGCAAAUUUUCAAGCUUGCUGAUACUUUUGCAGGGCCUUUUAAUCAUAAUUUUCGUAGUUUUUGUGGAGUAUGAUGAAGAUACACUUCCUGAAGCGAGCAAUCAGGCAGUUAUUGACUCGAAAUAUCCUGUUUUUCAAGACGUCCAUACUCUAGUGGUGGUCGGAUUUGGGUUGCUGUUGUUAUUUCUGAAGAAAUAUGGGUUUAGUGGGCUAGGGUAUACGUUUUUGAUAGCAGGAGUAACAAUGCAAUGGGCAGCUGUGAUGGACGGAUUUCUUAACAUGAAAAAUGACAAAAUACAACUUGGAAUUAACAGCCUUGUAACAGGGGAUCUCGCAACUUUGACMGUAAUAAUCACCUUUGGGGCCAUCCUCGGCAAGACAAGUAAUCUACAACUUAUGGUCAUUGCCUUUUUUGAGGUCACUUAUUACAUUUUAAACAGAAAUAUUUGCACUAAGUAUUUACAAGCUGUGGACUAUGGAGGCGGCAUGUAUAUUCAUUUAUUUGGUUCAUGUUUUGGUCUUAUGGUCACUCGUAUUUUGUACCAAACAAGAGCCGUUGCUCAUGAAAAUGAGACUUCAAGAUACACKUCAGAUUUAUUUGCAGCCACAGGGACAUUAUUUCUGUGGGUCUACUGGCCAAGCCUAAAUGCUGUCCUUCUUGAAGGGACUCUGCAAUAUAGAGCUAUUGUUAAUACAUACUAYGCUUUGACAGCAAGUUGUGUCACAGCUUUUGGUCUAUCUUCUCUUAUCACGAAAGGCUCUAAACUCAGCAUGGAUUUUCCAUUGACAGAACAUAAGUUGCACUUGCAGUGA